UCUGACAUGAGACCGUUCUGUGGCUGCCAGAGGAGCACCAAGGCCUGAAAAAUGAAGCCUCUCGGUGGGCGGCAUGAAAGGAACAGAGCUGGAUGUGAAUGAAAAGGAGCAUCUGGUUGAAUGUGUGAAGCUGUUUACAGAAAACAGCCUGGGGGUGAUUUACUGUACACUGGCCUAUUUAAGCCAUUUUAUAAUUAGAAUGAGAGUCCCUGUGGCCUUAAGGCUGACUCUUUUUAAUGGGCCCUCUCCUGCAUUGAAAAUCACAGGAAGGGCACCACAAGGAUGGCGGAGGGAGGGACUACCUCUCCAGCUCACGUUACCGCGCUACAGUCAAGUGUUGAAGUCAGCACGGAGCCCACUGCACCACUGAGCCUGCCUCCUCAUCCAAAUGUGAUCAAACUCCGCUCAGAGGCCCAUCAGCAUUUUUACAUUUCACUGAAUCCCCCUUUUUACGCACCGGUGCGUCGGUACACAGCCCGGGCGGCGCGGUGCAGCUCAGAGGCCGGUCUGUCGGCGCCCUGAGUGACGGCGGCAGCUGCGGAGCUGGAAGAGGAGCGUUCUCAUGGGACUCCACGGCUUUCAAGCGCCUGAUCUGGAGGCAACGUGAGGAGCGCGCAUACCUCCAGAAAACGGUGACAACAAGACUCUCCCCGCCUGCGCCCGACAGCUGCUGAGGACUGACACCGGCCUGGCCCGGUGGGUAGGAAAAGGCACCGGGAGAGAAGGGGAGGAAAUCAUCUUUAAACAGGAGCAGAGAAACCACCGCCAGAGCCAGAAGGCUGUGGGUUGUAGUAUGGGAGCGAUAUGUUGUCCAGGAAGGGACUCAUUCCUGAGGAUUACUUGCUGACACGUCUGGCUGAGGAUGUCCUGCAGCCAAAGUUUAAGGCGAAACCGGGAAAGGCUCGGUUCGUCGCCAAGAACGGCACCUGCAAUGUGGCGCACACCAACAUCCGCGAACAGGGCCGGUUCCUGCAGGACGUGUUCACCACCCUGGUGGAUCUGAAAUGGCUCCACACGCUCAUCAUCUUUACCAUGUCGUUCCUCUGCAGCUGGCUCCUCUUCGGGAUGAUCUGGUGGCUCGUUGCCUUUGCGCACGGCGACCUGGACCAGAGAGGAGACGACUUUGUUCCGUGCGUAACGGACAUUCACUCCUUCUCUUCCGCCUUCCUCUUCUCCAUAGAGGUCCAGGUGACCAUCGGCUUCGGAGGCCGGAUGGUCACGGAGGAGUGCGUCUCCGCCAUCAUCAUCUUGAUCGUGCAGAACAUCGUGGGGCUGGUCAUCAACGCCAUCAUGCUGGGCUGCAUCUUCAUGAAAACCGCGCAGGCCAACCGGCGCGCAGAGACGCUCAUUUUCAGCAAACACGCCGUCAUCUCCGUCAGAAACAACAAGCUGUGCUUCAUGAUCCGCAUCGGCGACCUGCGGAAAAGCAUGAUCAUCAGCGCCACCGUGCGGAUGCAGGUGGUCAGGAGAACCACCACGGAGGAGGGAGAAGUGGUGCCGCUGGACCAGAUCGACAUCCACAUGGACAACCCGGUGGGAACCAACGGCGUCUUCCUGGUGUCUCCUCUCAUCAUCUGCCACGUGAUCGACAAGGACAGUCCUCUGUACGAGCUGUCGGCCUCCGACCUGCAGCACGAGGACAUCGAGGUGAUCGUGGUGCUGGAGGGGGUCGUGGAGACCACCGGCAUCACCACGCAGGCCAGGACCUCCUACGUGUCGGAGGAGAUCCUGUGGGGGCAGCGCUUCGUGCCAACAGUGUCCGAGGAGGACGGCAUGUACGCGGUGGACUACUCCAAGUUCGGCAACACCGUGAAGGUUCCGACUCCUUGCUGCAGCGCCAAGAAACUGGACCAGGCGGGAGGCAUCGCUCAGUUUAAGCUGAACGAGGGCGUCACCUUGCGGUCAUCCGUGAGAAGACGGAGGAGCGCCGCAGUGGUGCGCAGGUCCAGGAUGGAGAGCCAGUAGAUCCAUGAUCUGUCUGCCAGCAUUCUGUAUGAGAAGUAACUGUUAAAGCUUGAGCAUUGUUAAAUGACAGAAUCAUAUUUAUUUUAUAAUAAAUUAUACAUUAACUGUAAUCACUAAUCCA